CUUCCGGUUUUCUUUAUCACAAGGAAGGUUCUUCUUGAUCGGCGCGACAUGAAUGACUGUGUCAGAUAGGAUUCUAUGCAAUACACAAAGGAAGAGCUAAAGAAAAUAUAUGGACUAUUCUGAAUACUGUUUGUGGUAAAGUAGUGUUUGAAGUCGAGUUCUUUUAUCUUAUUUUYCUGAAAAGUAAAUAUGGAACAAAGUGACAGUUGAUCUUGUCUUCUCCUCAUCCUUGGUCAAUCAGUACUCGUGGUUAAUAAGUUGGGCUAUGAAGUCUUCUAUUUAUAGGCAGUUGUUUCUUUGUCUAAUCUUGACAUGGAUAGAAUCAUUUAGAGCUACACCAGUGUGUCAGUCAAGUCUUGGUAUGGAGGAUGGCUCCAUUGCAGAUAUUCAGUUGUCAGCAUCAUCUGCUCACAGUGGGUUAUCAGAUGCUUUAAGUGGGAGACUUAACAGUAACAAAGGCUAUGGAGCAUGGUGUCCAAAUCAAGGCACAGGAUGGUACAGUGAAAGAAAUGGUGGACCAUAUCAUAAUCAGUAUUUCCAGGUUUUCCUUAAUAAACCUAUGAGAAUUUCAGCAGUUGGUACCCAAGGAAGAUCUAAAGAUUAUGGAAUGGAGGGUGUUGAGUCAUUUUACGUUAAUUACACCUUAAUGGCAUCCGGACUAAAACCUUGGACGCAAUACCGUGAUUGGAUGCAGACAAAAGCUAAGGAAUUUGAAGGAAAUACAAACAACCUAAAUGUUACAAAAAUGAGCUUUUUCAAGCCGCCCAUCAUUGCUGAUAAUUUCCGGCUAAUACCAAUUUUAUAUCCUGUCAAUCAAGUUUGUCUUCGAAUGGAGCUCUAUGGAUGUCAAAUUACUCAAGAUCUUUUGUCGUACACAAUGAACCCUGGAAAUACUUUUGAAACAAGCUAUAAUCUGACUGAUGUGGUAUUUGACGGUGUUAUAACCCCCAGCAAGCUUAUUUCCGGUCUAGGAUUUCUUACGGAUGGCGUCUUAGCACCAGAAAACUUCAUCACUCACAAUGGUUAUGGAUGGAUUGGAUGGCAUUCCAAGGAGACUCGAAGCCCUUUUAUUGAAUUAGACUUUCUGAAACGCCGGGUAUUCAAAACUGUGACCUUUCACAGUAACAUCAGGACUAGGAGUGGCAUUCAGCUGUUUAAAGCGGUUAAAAUCGAAUUCUUCGAUGAAAAUGUAAAUCCCCACGCCCAUGUCACGCAUUACACAAAAGACGUGUCUAGUGGCUACACAUGGAUGAAUUACAACGUGACGGUGGAUAUGUGUUUGAAUUAUGCCAAGUCCUUGAAAAUGCGAUUCACCUACAGUGGAGAGUGGAUGCUGAUUAGCGAAGUUACAGUUGAUAGUGAUUCAGUAAUUGGAAAUCGUUUGCCAACACCGGAAUGUGCGACUGAACCCCCCGUGAUUGUGAUCAGCACAGUGGCUGACGAAAACACUACCACCAACAACCUAACUUUACCUGGAUCAUUACCAGACAGUAGUUCAGGUUUAGAUGCUGGGGCCAUCAUUGGUAUCGCAUGUGGGGUCGUUCUUAUUCUUAUUCUCUUGGUAUUAUUCCUGUGUUGUUGGUGUUAUCGUCGAAAAAGGCAUCACCAGAAGAAACCGUCAUUUUAUCAUUUUAUCCGUUGGGAGUUAAAACCCUACCCAUCUGGAUACCGAACGGCUGUUAGAGUAUCACGUCUGGGAAGCGAAGAGGAGAAAAAUUACACGUUCAGGAGACAACCUGCAGAAAGUGGAGAAGAUAGACUUGAAGGUCAGGUCCCUGGAAUGUAUGGUGCAGGCCCUAUUUAUGCUAGUAUUGAAAACCCGGAUGAGAUUGGCAAGGCAGCUGGAUUAUCGCCGACUACUUCUAUGAGCCCAACCAAAGGAGGAAAACCUAAAAAUAAACCUCCACCCUUACCAUUACAUUCAAUUCAAGGUCCUACUGAUGCUCACUAUGCACUACCUGACAGCCCGAUAAGCAACUACCACUCACCAAUAGAUAACAGUGAAAUGAUCAGUCAUGAAGCACUCAGCCCAGAGCAUCAUACGAAGACCCUUCAACCAUCACCUUUGCCUCCACAACCAGACGUAAUCCCCACCCCAGACGUUUUCUACGCCGAGCCAGAUACACCAGCCCCACCCAAAACCAAGGCGGGUUAUUGUGAACCAAUCGACGCCGUCAUCCCAGGUGAUGGAGUGUUCCCAAAUCCCGUGUACGAGGAAAUAUAUGCUGAGCCAUAUCAAGGCGUAUCUGGUACCAGUCUCUACGCCAAUCCAACAACGGACCUUAAAAUAAAGCACGAUAACUUCAAAGAGUUUCCACGGGAAAAACUUAUCUUCAGGGAAAAGAUAGGCGAUGGUCAGUUUGGCGAAGUUCACUUGGGGGAAGCAGAAGAUCUGGGAGAGAUUUUGGAUGAAGAGUUCAGCAGCAACAGAAAAGUACUUGUUGCCAUCAAGGUGCUCAAACCUGAUGUGGACAAGAAUAUCAAAAGUGACUUCUUUAAGGAGGUUAAAAUAAUGGCGGGAAUUCAACACGAGAAUGUCAUUCGUCUCCUUGGUGUCUGCAAAGAUGAUCCCAUGUGCAUGAUCGUAGAAUACAUGGUGAACGGCGAUCUAAACCAGUUCCUUAAAGAACGUGAGCUUGCACCUGGUAAAGGGACCAAUAAAGAAAAAGUGCUAACCUACCAGGCCCUCAUUUACAUGGCAUCGCAAAUUGCUGCAGGAAUGAAGUAUAUCGCUUCCUUGAAGUUUGUUCACCGGGAUCUGGCAACGAGAAAUUGUUUGGUUGGCCAUUCGUACACGGUCAAGAUCGCUGAUUUUGGCAUGUCUCGUCACUUGUACAGUAAGCAUUACUAUCGUGUGCAAGGACGCGUUAUCCUGCCUAUAAGAUGGAUGGCACCUGAAUGUAUCUUACAAGGUAAAUUCACAUCAGAAAGUGAUGUUUGGGCAUUUGCUGUGACCUUGUGGGAGAUCCUGACACUGGCAGCCAAAUAUCCUUACGAUGAACUCACUGAUGAACAAGUGAUUGAGAAUAUCCAAAGAAUGUUCUUCCGUCCCAAUGAUCCCAACCUAGUUUACUUGGAAAGGCCGUCUGUCUGUCCAAGUGAUGUCUAUGACAUGAUGAAGUCGUGCUGGCAAAAGGACCCCAACAAAAGACCCGUCUUCAAAGCUCUUCACGAUUUCUUAAAGAAAAGAGUGAGAUUAAGUGAAAUGGCAAUAUAAAAAGCUUCCAUUUUUUUUGUUUGUUUUGUUUUGCUUAUGCGCAUCUGUAGUGAUUUUUAUAAACCCGUGAAACAGAUAACAUUAGUGUGUUAUAAUGAACUAACAACAAAAGAACACAAUGGAAUUAGAGUGUACUAAUUUUUAUUAGGCUGAUGUGUAUUUUACGGGCUUUUGAAAACCACUCUGUAGUUUUACAAUACAUAUAUAUUUAGGUAAUGAAAAACAUAUUUUUUUAAUAAAUUAAGAUCAAGAAACAUGUUUUUUAGAAAGCAAGGCAUUGCCGUGUAUCUGUUAAUGAUUCAUUAUUUCAUUUUUUACGAUUAUUUUUACAUAACGUUUUAUUUUUUUACUCGCAUAUCGUUAGAAAAUACAUAACAUUUUUACGUGCAUAUCGUUCAAAUAGAUGUUUUUGUUAAUUUCCAAAAACAGCGUUAUAAAACCAUUAGUAUAUAGGUACUGCAAAAGCUAAGUGCGAUUUAUGAGGAAAGACUUAACCGAGACAAAAAGCCAUUGUGGGCUUGAUUUUGAGCGUAAGGGAUAUUUUGAGGGCCAUGAAAAGAGGAGGGACACAAGAAUUAUUAAAACGUUCGCGGCAAAUCCGCCAGCACUACACCCCUCCCCUUCCCCCUCCCCCAAUGAAAAAACAUUUCUUCCCAAACAAAUCUAAUCUCCGCAACAAAAGUGCAAUGGCAGAGAAAUGAACCCUGCACAAUAUUUUAGUACAGGAUAUUACAAUAGCGUUUAAAAAGCUGCAACUGCUUUACAUCCAGAAAUAAGAUUAAUCCUAGCUUUGGAAUUAUUUAAUCUACACGUUCUUAGUUUAAAGUGAUCGUUAUUUUUAAAACUAAAUAGAUACUGCUUGUUUUGUGUGUUGUUUACUAAGCUUAAUUAAAAUUUUAUGAUAUUAAUAUGCAAAUCAUUUCAGCACAGAAGAAAUUACGCGGAGAAAAACAUGCAGACAACGUUUAGGAAAAAUUCAUAGUAUCGUUGUGACCUUUCGCUGAUUGUAUUCAAAUGACCCAUAAUGCAGUUCGUGCUAUGAUCUUUUUUUAAAUAGCUGUUUUUCAUUAGAGUUUUUUGUUGUCCGCUAGACAAAGGUUUCUAAUUACUAAAUAGUUCAAAAUAAUGCUAAUUAAACAAUAGAAAACAAUGGAAUUUGCAUGAAAUUGUGCUAUUUAGUAUUACUAAAGUUUCACGGUUAUAUUGUUUGCACUCUAUCUGGUUAAUACCAUUAUCGUUAAAGUGUGACCCGCAAGGUUUGAUUUCUUGUUUGCCGACUAGCUUUUUAACGUCCGUUAAUCAAAAAACUGCAUUAAAAAACACAAUACUUGAGGGAGAUUUUGGAUUACAUUAAAGAUUUUAGAGGAUUAGAUAACUGAAAUAUUUAUUUUAGUCUGAAAAUUCCUCAAUACUUUUUUUACUUUUUCUACUUCCGUUUUUUGAUUGACGGCCGUUGAAAUGCUAGUCGGCGAACGAGACAUCAAAUUGUUUGAGUCAGCAAAGGCAGUAGUAAUGUAAAUGUAUAUAUUAAAAAAUGAUCGAUGUGACCAUUUUUUAGAGGUGCUGUAUCAUGUAAAGUUAUUUUGAUCGAAUAGUCAUGUUGCAAAUAAACGUUAAUUUCUUUAAAUGCAAA